AUGGUUGGACUUGGCCCCAAACGCCGGCCCUCUCGCAGGGGGUCCAUGACGGACUUGCCCCAGGACCUUCUGGAGCAGAUCAAGCAGUUUGAAGAAGCUUUCACCGUCGACACCGCCAAACUCAAGCAGAUUGUCGACCACUUUGUCAAGGAGCUCACCAAGGGCCUCACCGUCGAAGGUGGCAACAUUCCCAUGAACGUCACCUGGGUACUGGGCUUCCCCGAUGGCAACGAACAAGGAACCUUCCUCGCCCUCGACAUGGGCGGUACCAACCUGCGUGUUUGUGAGAUUACCUUGACCGAGGAGAAGGGAGGCUUCGACAUCAUCCAGUCCAAGUACCGAAUGCCUGAUGAGCUCAAGACCGGCACCGCGGAAGAGUUGUGGGAAUACAUUGUCGACUGUGUGGAGCAGUUCAUCCAGUACCACCACGAGAACGAGAACCUAUCCAACCUGCCUCUGGGUUUCACCUUUUCAUAUCCCGCUACUCAGGACUACAUCGAUCACGGUGUCCUCCAGCGGUGGACUAAGGGCUUCGACAUUGACGGAGUAGAGGGCAAGGAUGUUGUUCCGCCUCUUCAGAAGGUUUUCAAGGAGAGAGGCCUUCCCAUCAAGAUUGCCGCCUUGAUCAAUGACACGACCGGAACCAUGAUUGCCUCUUCGUACACCGACCCCGAAACGAAGAUUGGCUGCAUCUUCGGCACCGGUGUCAACGCCGCCUACAUGGAGGACGCCGGCUCCGUGCCCAAGCUCGCCCACCACAAUCUUCCUCCGGACAUGCCCGUCGCCAUCAACUGCGAGUACGGCGCCUUUGAUAAUGAACAUAUUGUCCUCCCCCUCACCAAGUACGACCACAUCAUCGACCGCGACUCACCCCGCCCCGGCCAGCAAGCGUUUGAAAAGAUGACAGCAGGUCUCUACCUCGGCGAAAUCUUCCGCCUCGCCCUCGUCGACCUCCUUGACAACCGACCCGGCCUCAUCUUCCAAGACCAGGACACCACCAAGCUCCGCACCCCCUACCUCCUCGACUCCUCCUUCCCCGCCGCUAUCGAGGAAGACCCAUACGAGAACCUGCUCGAGACCGCCGAGCUCGUGCAGAAACAGCUCGGCAUCUCCGCCACCCGCGCCGAGCUUGAAAUGAUGCGCCGCCUGGCCGAGCUCAUCGGCACCCGCGCCGCCCGCCUCUCUGCCUGCGGUGUCGCCGCAAUCUGUAAAAAGAAGAACAUCACCUCUUGCCACGUCGGCGCCGACGGCUCCGUCUUUACAAAGUAUCCGCACUUCAAGGCCCGCGGCGCCCAGGCGCUCCGCGAGAUCCUCGACUGGGCACCCCAGGAGAAGGACAAGGUUACCAUCCACGCUGCCGAGGACGGAUCCGGUGUCGGUGCCGCUCUCAUUGCUGCCCUGACGCUGAAGCGUGUCCGCGCCGGUAAUCUUGCUGGUAUUAGUGAUCCCCAGGCGAUGCAGAACCUGUGCUAG